GGCUGUCUCUAGUAAUUUUGAAAUGGCUGUCGAUUAAAUAAGAAAUAGGUUAACUGUUUUUUCGUUUGUAUUCAGUGAGCUUUAAUUUGAUUAUGAAUUAGAUCUGAACUACUCCACUGAACUUCGCCAGUGCUAGUAAGCUAUAAGCGUGUUCCUGUUUUGUAAUGAUGAGUUAGUUAGCCAAACUUUUGCCUCUUUAUUUUAAUUGCACCUAUUGCGUCCCAUGCCUACGAUACAGUAUGGUCUUUGAUCAUAAUGCAGAUCAUAUGCUCGGUGUUGUCUCUUCGAGAUUCUUGUGUUAUAUAUCCGUCCUGUCCACAGUGCGUCUCCAGGUUACAAAAGAAGCAGUCGGAACUAAGAUGUCAAAAGUGUGGAACGAGGAACGAGGAAAACAUCAGUUACAGAUACCGCUUGUCACUCAAUGUGAAAAGAUGCAGUGACAUUUUUGGAGUGACAGUUUUUGGUAGCUGUCUGAAUCCAUACUUCGGUAUUCCUGCUGUUGGUCUUCAGAGAUUUUUUGACAAAUCACUGAAAAAUGCAGGAGAUCCACAGAGUGACUGUGUACAUAGACUGUUACUCAAGGCUGUAGAAGACUGCUUUGUUGGAAGACAGUUUGAGUUCAGAAUUAAGCUACCUGGACAUGAAGCAGGAGAGAGGUCCUUGUUCAAUGAGCAAGGGCUCCAUGCAUUGCUUGCCAGCAACAGGAUCUCCAGAGAAUUUGUCACUAGUCGGAUCACCUUGCCGAAUGGAGCUGCUGGGGGAAGCUCUGUUCUCAGUUAUUUCAAGAAACUGCUCCAGACAUCAUGUGAUGUUCACGUCUCUGGUUUUCCGUACCCCGAGAGACCUCCGGCCUCCAUAGAACAGGUUGACCUGGCAUUGCAAAGCUUUGAGUGCUCAUUGGCCUCCUUCAACAGAUCAUCUUUGUGGCACAGCUACUGGAAACAGUCACCUGGGAUAAUCACUUCUUCGGCAGAGCAGGAAGAGAAGGAACCAAAUGGAGCUGAUGCCGGCUCACAGUGGCGGUGCAGAAAAUCUCUCAGACCUCAAACUCAAAAAUGUUCACAUAGCACACCCUCUUAUGUCCCAUCCCCUCAGUGCUGCUCAGUAGAUGUUAAGGGGGAAGUGAGCUAUAAAGACUCUUCACAAGGAAGCUGUCUGGGUUUUUUGGUAUGCCAUGACUCUAGAGAAACUGUCGAGUCCUCACUCCCAAAUAGGUUCCAGGGCAGCGGCUCCUUACUGCCUGAUACUCUUGAACUAACAUCAUCAGUCACUGAGUCUGGGAAUUGUAAGUCUCCAAAGCCUAGCAAGGUUGAACAAGUUGAACUUGAGCAAAAUGAACCUCUCUGUUUAAAACUUGGGUGGAGAGGUGGGUUUUCUGAGGGAAAAGAUGACAUGUUGUCUUUCCAAGACGGAUUAUCGGUUUGUGGGUGGAACAGCAACUUAUCAAAUUCUUCAGCUUGGGAGGAUCUUCCUUUCUCUGAAAGUUGGGGUGAGUUUAUCAGCAAAGCUAACACGCUCUCUGAAGUAUCUCAAAAGAACAAGGCUUGUGAUCCAGCCAAGAGAAUGGAGGCAGAGAUGAGCAAAACGGGUUGUGUUGAUGAAAUAUACAGGCACGCAAAUGUUAGUAGUUCCACUGAACAUUCAUGCAAUUUUAGAACCACUUCAUAUGUACAUAGAGCACAGGUCAAAGAGCAAGCCUCUACAGCUGUGGUGCGGCGGUCUUUCAUAAAGUCUGCUGGGCUUUGUUUUGACAUAUCUGGAAACCAUAAUGUUAAACAAAACAGUCCACAUGUACACAUGUCUCCAUCAGAUCAUUUUGUUGAGGCCUCAGAAGAUCUGGAGAGGGGAAAGGGGGACUUGGCUCCCUUGGUGCCAGGUUUAAGGGCUUUGACUGCCCAGGGUCAAUGUAACCGCAAUGUAAAAAACAAAAUCAAAGAAUUCAGUUGUGUGGAUGAGGAGGCUAAGAAGCAGGGCACAGUUUUCCAUAGCAACCAAUGCAUUUCUGAACAUAAGCUAGAUGGACAUGGUGCAUCUUGGGAGUUUGGAUGGGAUGAGCAAACACUGUUGAACAGACAACCCUUUACCAAAGACGCCUACAAUGCCUCCGCCGAUCUGUUUGGCAGCUAUCAAAACAGUGUCGGCAUUGUAGAGGAAGAAGACAAAACAGUGACGCCACCAUCAGAAUACAGUACAUUGAAGCUUUUGAAGAGCUGUCGUCCACUUCUGCAUAAAUGUGGGGAUCAUUCAACACCCAUAGAGAAGAUCCAGAAACCCAGCACCGACAAGUGCAUGUUGGGAUCAGACAUUUCUGACCCUCUGGACUUUGUCCCUUUUUCACAGUCUACUCCCAUUUCCGGAAACCUCAUGCCUUUGCGUCGUCUUCCACAUAGAGGCAAAGACCAGAGACCCAGCAGACUUGUACUAAGAGGUAACGUGUCAUGGCAUCAUGGCUACUCCAAAACCGAGUCUGAAAUUAAAAGGGAAAAUAUGACAGACUGUGGCUCCGAAGAUGCAGCUCCUUUGUCAGUGGGUAAGAUUACAUACUCAUCCAACCCAUGGAGUCUGACCAGAAGCAUAAAGAGACAUGAACAUGUGGACAGGUAUUGCUGCAAAAGAAUCAUCUUGGCUAGCGGGGGGAAAUAUUCUUGCAAAAAGUUAGAGGAUUGUGUUAAAAGUGCACAUUUUGAAAAUGAAGGACAAAGAAUUACAGCGGUUGUAAGCUCCCCUGAACAUGCUGCUAAGAAGAACAGCUGUCUUCUUGACACCAGUACCUCCUGCCUCUGUACUGAUCAGAAUAGUGCGGUCCUUGAUUGGUCUGCAGACCUUUUUGCGGAUUCGUUUGGAAAUUAAUUUGCAGUAAAAAAGGAUCAUGCAGCCUUUGCACAUUUUUGUGUCUAGUCUCUACAAAUGAUUAAAAGUAACAUGGCAAAAUAGUAUUUUAGAGAGAAUCAUGUUCUUACCAAUGUUGGAAAAAGAAAUUUCAGAAUAUUCAUUAUUAAACUAAUGUUUUCUAUAUGA